AAAACACUGAUUUUAUCAAUAAUGUAAUAAAAUUAAAAAAACUGAGAUUACAAAUAACGCUGUAAACAAUGAGCUCAGGAAACAUUUGUAGAAUAUGUUUAGGACACGAUUCACUAACCAGCAUUUUUCACAAACGCGGUCUUUCCAUGCUUUCUACACAAAUUAUGUCUCUAGCUAGAGUGCAUAUAACGCCCAAUGAUGGAUUACCGAGCACAAUUUGCACGAAAUGUAUUACAAAACUGGACGAAUGUAUUGAAUUCAUACGUCUCUGUGAAAGGAGCGAUGUCGAACUUAGGUUAUCGUUAGAGAAUAUUGUUAAAAAGAGAAAACUGAAAGCCGAGGAACUUUGCGUGGAUGAAGACGGUUCUUCGCCUGCGAGAACCGAAAACGAAAAGAGUCCUGUUGUUGAUGAGAACAACUGUGAAACUACAAGUGAUCUUCACAAAGAUGUGUAUGACAAAAAUGAUAAAAAAAGACGAAAACAACAAUGUUUUACAUGUGGCAAAGUUAUGUCUUCAAGAUUCCGAUUAAAAACCCAUUUAAUUACACAUACAGGAGAGAAGCCAUUCUCAUGUCCACACUGCAGCAAAUGUUUUUCACUGUCACAAAACUUGAAAGUACACAUGAGAACACACACGGGUGAGAAGCCCCUUCAAUGUAGUGUUUGUGGAGAAUCGUUUGCACAGUCUGCUGGCUUGGCGGCGCACCGUCGAAAGCACACGGGACAGAUGCCUUAUAGCUGUGUAUUGUGUCCACGCCGUUUUCGUACCGUAGGACAUUUGCAAUACCAUGUUAGGCGACACACCGGUGAAAAGAACUAUGAAUGCGACACAUGUAACAGAGCCUUCAUAACAAGAAGCGAUUUAAAGCAACACAUGCUCACGCACACUGGCGAUCGUCCUCACGUAUGCAGCAUAUGCGGAAUACGUCUUACAAGGUCUUCACACCUCAAAAGACAUAUACAACAAAUACACAAUUCCCAAAAGGCUAAUGUUAAGGUGGAGUGCUUUAAAACAAAUGAAAAAGUUUGAAUGGAUUUCACAAAUUCCAUUUAUUGUUUUCUUUGAAUAUACAGUAAAAUGUUAAUAAAGAG